AUGCCUAAUUUAAUCGAUAUUUCUGUGCAUGAUCAUCUGCAUGAACUUAAUCGAUCGUAUGAAUUGAUUACUCGUGUGGUUGACUCUUUAUUACACUAUGAAAAAUGGGCUAUUUCAUCUCACGGUGAUCUACUGACAGCAGACAGUUUGGAUGAACUUGGUUUCCGGCAUAGUGAUGUGAUAAAGCGACAUUUCGAUCUUCUGCAUUACUUGCUACGCAAUGUAGAACUCACAUUGAGUGUUGAACGUGCAAAAGCGCUGUGGGAGACAUUAAUUGGUCAGACACGAGCUGCACCGUUUGAUCGUGAACAAGCAUUUAUUUGGUUCUCGUCAUGCUUGAAUUUUCUUGACACUGAUGCUCAAACAUUCGUCUUCACGAAAGUAAUUUUGAAAUCAAAUCCUGCGUUAUUUCGUUCAAUCGCUGGGUUUGAAUGUUUUAGAGGCUUUUUUGAGAAAGUCAAUUUAAACGAAGGUCGUAUGAAACAGGUGGCAAAAUCAUGGCAUGUUGAACGACCUGAUCUAAUUGGAUUAGAAUUUGUAUGGGAUUUAUAUCUAGCCCUACCAUCACCUGAUGCAAGUCUAGACGGUGGACAUUCAAAUCGUCCUGUGGAGGCUGAUACGACGUCCACCGUUAUUGAUGCAACAACUGGAAACAAGCCGAAUCUUGGUGAUUCGUCUAAAAUUCAGACUGUACCUGCUGUAGUAUCAUAUUCGUUGUCAUCAUCAUCGGUAGCAGCAGCAGCAGCAGCGUCAGCAUCACCGUCUGCAGCAUUAUCAAGUAGUGCAAAAUCAACACCUGAUGCAGCAAAACCAGCUAGAUUACUUUUGUUAAAUAUUCACUGGGGCCAGUUAGCACCAAAGUUGAGACGUGAUCCAGAAUCGUGUUACCGUCGUUUCUUUGAUACAUGCAGACGUAGACUAGAAGCUAAUUAUGCUUUGGGUCGCGGUUUAGUCACUGAAUAUGGCGUCACAUCAGUCCUGGCAGAAACUGGUGAACUGUUAGCUGCACUGAUGUUGGGCAUUGGACCGGCGACAAAAGCAAAACACUGCAGUCGUACUGUAGCUAAAUUAGCUAUACACCAUUUACUCGGAUUAAUUAGUCUAUGCCUUUAUUCAGAUGAAAUGUUUGGUUGUCGCACUCAGCAUCCGAACUGGAAACCUCAUGGUUGUACAUAUCGAGGUUGGGAUAUGCCAUUGCUUGUUAAAGUUGAAACUGUUAAACAAGGCCAGUCGUCUCUUUCAACUAAUAAUCCUUCGAUUUGUUUAAAUCAAACUGGGAAUAAAUUGUCUUCUAGUAAUACUAAUCUAUUAGGCGAUUCUUAUCAGUAUUCAAAUCUUAGCGAUGAACCAAUAUUACUAUUAGCGCAUUCAAAUGAACCGCUUAGUUCAAUCAGAGACAGAGCUUAUCUUGCCUCAAGUGCAUAUUUAUUCGCCUUUCAAUCUCAGUCGAAUUAUCGACAAGACAAUAAUUUAUCUCCAUCGUGGACAGCAGCUACACUAUCACUUGGAAAAGCACCAGAGCCAAAAGUCUCCUCACUGUCUUCAUCUUCAAAAGAACCGGUUGUGAGGACUAUGCUUUCAAACGACAUGUCAAUUCAACGUAAUGAAAUUAAAUCAGCUGGUAGAGAGAAAUCAUCACAGCUACUAGACACUGUUUUAAAUCGAAUGCCUAUUGGUGAACUUGGAUUUCAGGUUGGUCGUCAUUUAAUUGUUCGAUUUUAUGCAGAGUCGAACAGUCGUUCACGUAGUCGGAUUAGCAAUACAAGUGUUGUCUCUUCUGUAGCCACACCACCACAAGGAAUGUCAAAUAACUCCCUGUACAGCAGUUCAUUUUCAUUGGCUGGUGCUUAUUCGUCUACACUGGAAUUAACAAAUGAAAGUUCAAAUAAUCCUACUAAUACUGUUUCGAACAGGUAUACUUUAGCACACGAUGAAUCAACUGGACUUUUGAGUUCUUUCAGAAAACGUUUAGAAAUCCCGUCUAUCGGAAGUAAUCUAAUGUCUAGAGGUUCCUCAAUUCUCAGUUUAAAUGCAAAACAAUCAUUGGCAGAUUUAUCAGUUGAUUUGUCGAAUACAAAUCAGUCAGUGUCAGCGAAUACUUCAAGUGUCAAGACUGUUCUGCUGAGUAUGUGCUUAGGUCAAGAUUCAGCAGUUUAUGAACUGCUCUUUGAAUUAGCUGAAUCAGAACUUUCCUGUCUUAAUUUGCAGUCGGGGAAAGAGCUGCAUUCUUCUACAGGAACAUCAUCUGGGGCAUAUUUUUCUUCAACAUUUAGUUUUAUUCAUCCUGUACGCUUAUUGUUAGCCUUCGUUAUGGACGCAAUGGUAGUGGAAGUGUGCAUUCACAAUAUAAUCUGGUGUGUAAUCCAUACACACUAUUGA